AUGCCGCUCUCCUCGAGAGCAAAAGGCGAGAAACUAAGACGGCCAAGUGAUGCGAAAGGCACAAACUACCUCAUAUGUGAACCAACGGCUGUUGGUCACGCGAUGAACGAGGCUAAUAUAUCACGGUACGCUUUUCGAGCAACACUGGACCGAAUACCCGAAACCGACGGAGAAAAACUUUUGAACGCUCAUGGCAAGAGAAAGUCCAAUAGCGGGGAACAGCAAAAAUGUGGCUCACCAGAGAAAAACGCAGAAGCAAAUAUGAAAGCCAACGAAAAAUCAGUUGAACAAAGGGAAAAAGUUUCCUCGGUGGCAGAAGACAACACUCACGAAGUUAAAAAGUUGGCGAAAUUGAGUCCUGUUAUAAGUGGUAACAAAAACAAAGGGACUAAUUUGAGAAGUAUUGACCUUUAUGCCCAGCAAAAAAGCCAAUUUGAGCUCAAAGGUGCUCCAACUAGAGUAGCGUUUUCGUACAAAAUGAUCCAAAAUGAUCUUGUUAGCAGAGAGCCACCUGAUAAACUGCAACACCUAAGCGCUGAAGAUGUCGUUUUUCCACGAAUUGUUAUGUACCAGUGGGAAGUCCACGAGAAACCCAAACUUAUCAAACCUAUCAGGCCGCGAAAAUCGCUCAAAAAGCUUCACAGGAUACCCACAGGAAACACAGAACAGGACUACCACCCACCUUGUUUAGAAGAAGUGGGAGAAGACAACUUAAAUGACAACGUACUAAGACCAGAUAGCUCUGCAUUUAAAUUUCCACAGGCUCCUCCUCCAACUCCAAAAUGCGAAAGUAGUAAGGAACUUUACCUACUAAGGACCAAAUCACCAGAACCAAAUCGUUCAAAGCUUGGUUAGCCCCUGCCUAGACUCCUUAAGCAUAAUUACCUUUCGCCAUGUUGUCCACGUAAAGUAUGAAAAAGGUUGACAGAGUUUCUCCGGGUGAUGUCACAGGGCCCAAGUUUGACCGAGCGGUGAACCCCUAACGAUUACUGAGGCUGAUUUGCCCUAUUUCUGGGUUUACUGAAAUGUCAGGAGAACAGCCGUUCACAACAGUUUUUUUUAGAAACUAACUAUAAGUGGUAAAAACCUUAGAAUGCAAAGAUCCACUCACUGGUAGAUAAAACCGACUGGUUCCUUCUUGCCAGAUCUCUAAUGUAGAGAUGUUAGAGCCAGACAUACUUUAAGUGGAAAUUAAAACCAAUAUGAAUGCAAGGCUGGCAAUAGUACAGCAAAGGGUUGAUUUGUUUGUUUUGGGCCAAUAUCUCAGCAAACAAAAUUAGCUUUACUCAGAGCCAGAGCUACAUUGAAAGAAAACACUUUACUGGCUCCUAAAAUUUGACAUUUACAUAAGAGGUUAAUGAGAAACUAUGGUAACUAGCCCUGGAUUUGAACUUUAUCCUCAUUCAAACAACCCAGACCUCGUCAUUAGAGCUGGCCAGUGGAACCAGUAAAUAAAUGCUUUGUUAAAGAGGUUACCACAUACACUGUACUUUAAAUAGAGUUAAUUUAAGCUAAAAAAAUGAUUUAAGGACUUUUCACGACCAAUGAAACCCUUAAGGGAUAGAUGGACUGACUGAAGUGAUGUACAAUAUUUAACACAUAUAAGCUAGUAAAAUAAAAGAUUAGCUGUACUUAAAUGCAAGUGAGAUAGAAGAGAGAUGUUGCUCAUUACCUCCUUCUUUCCUGAUUCAUUUUCAUUCGAAGACUAAGUACAUUAAGUACACAUUUUAAAAUUCUUUUAAAACCUACUUAGAGAUAAUCUUUAAAAAUAAAUAAUAAUAAUAAUAAUAAUAAUAAUAAUAAUAAUAAUAAUAAUAAUAUUUUAUUUAUAUAAGUACCAGUGGCUACCUGGCAACCUAAUUUUACCUAUGGGCAACAAUAAAAUUCUGCACUGGACUCCUUACAAUUUUUCUUUUUGCACAGCCUUGAGUUCUAUGUAUAUUAAACAGGGCUUCCAUAUUUCCUUAACUGUAUCCUAUAAACAACUCAUCUCUGCAUAUUUGAAGCUUUCUUUCCCUUCUAUUAACAAUCUUAGCCCCGGGAAAUUCAUAGAAUUUGCAGCACAAUGUACCUCAUCGUGUAAAUUAGUUUUCUGAAAAGUUUUUUUUUGAUACACUAUACAAAUCUGCAUUAAAAAAUAGUAUAACUAGGAAUAAUCAGAGCUUAGGAGAGUGCGUUCGAUAUGUUUGUUAGGCGUACAGGUAGCAGUUGAGGGGGAAGGGUGGUUGCGAUAUAGAUAAAUAUGAUUAUGGCAUAUUUUGAACGUAAGGGUUGCGUACAGCGAAACCUCUAUUUAAACUGUGUAUCAUUAUAAGAAGGUUUCGAAAAAAUAUCGUAUGGUUCGGUGUCAAGUGCUUGUAAUCAGAGGAGACAUUGGCCAGAGUGCUUCGGGCGUGUAAAUAGAACAUUUUGUUUUACUGGCGCGAGUUACAGGGCGCAGUUGCUCAAAGGCCGAUUAGUGCUUAACCCGGGAUUCAUUUUCUUUCUUCAAAAACAAUUCUUCGGAUAAUUUUCUCUGUUAUUUUUAAGAGCAUCCAAUCAUCAACUUGUUGACAAAAUGAAUUACAUUGAAUUUACUGUUUUAAAAGCUUUCACAUCUGAAUUCAAACUUCUCACUAACCCUGUCAAAGCCUUUAAUGGAAUGUGUGUGCGGCUCACGUCAAUAACUUUUUCAAUAAUUUGAUCGAGCGUGUCGAUUCAAGUGACUUGAGAGUGGCGCUACUGUGGGCUGGUUUAUAAGUUUUUCCUAAUAAAUAACCUAGAGUUAAAGUGUUUGUUUGUCCGGUGCCUAAAAUAUUACAAGUCAUGAUCAAAUGGGGCCGCCAAACUUCACACCUCUGUAGAUUUACUUUGUGGCACAACCGCUGCCGAGCUACACAACUCGGUAGAUUUACUUUGUGACACAACGGUCGUCGAGCUACACAACUUGGCAAAUUUACUUUGUGGCACAAAGGGCUGCCAAACUAAACCCGGUUUGAUGCAUGCACCAGGAGUCGCAGACAUUUUCCAAAGACAGUGAUGAACCAUGCUGAAAAAUAUGAAGGCUUAAUCUAAAGUAAAAUUUAACAGCAAACUUCUGAAAGAUGAACGCUUUGGACGAUUCAACAAGCACAGAUUGAUGUACGCUUUACGAAGAUUCAGCAAACUUUUUAAAAGAUAAACGCUUUACGAAGACAGAAUAUCAGACCUCGGCAAACCUUUGAAAGAUGAACGCCACAGACACAAGAAUCACCACAUAAGUUAGCGCGUCAAAGUGAGGCAACCCGUAAGCAAGCGCCUCAAAGCAAGGCAAAUGUGUGUCGACGACAAAAAUGCAAUCUCAAAAAAACCUCCCUUAUUCAUUGCACAGGACACCCAAUAAUGCACAGAACACCCAACACAAAUUAGGGGUUGUGUUCUCGUACCUUGAACGCAAUCAAUCAUUCAAAUUGUUUUUUCAGAGGUUUUGAUUGGCCUGUGUGACUGGUGAUUAUAUAUUUCCUGACCUGCAGAUUAACUGCUUUUUAUAUGGACAAAGGUCUGCUCAUGAACUGUAGAGGAAAAAGUCAUCUUUGCUGUGGAAGAUUCUAUGGCUGUGCGCAGUCAAAUGUUCAGCCCAAAUGUUUUUCUUAUUCAUGCGCAAACUAUAGCUGAAGUGGUCAAUUUUUUUUUUUUUUUUUGGAGGGGGCGGGGGGAUUUCACUGCUUGAGUUUGUAUCAAAACGACUUGUAUCGAAACAAAUUGGAAUCAAAAUGACUGGUUUGGUUUCACAGUCACUAAGUAUUAAACUCUCUUCGGGAAUUGUGGCAGCUCCAGAUGUAUACCCAAAGGAAAUAUAUAAAAAACAAGCAAACUGGCUAAAUGAUAAAACAAUGGUAUUGAAUUCAAUUUGCGAACUAUCAUGGUUGUUCAGUGUCUCACCAUAGUAUUAAGUAAGUUAGUAUGGUUUUACAGAUCAGUCAUUUGCGUCUGCGUUCGGCAUCAACUUCUAGUAUUUUUCAGGUGAGUAUUAAAAACAGUAAAAAUUAAAAAAAGCUUAUAACGUUCAGGUUAAUAGUUCAUAAUCGGAAGAUCUUAUUUUGUUUUACGAAGUUUCCAAAACCUACAACCCAUCGUCUUCGGGAUAAGUGCACAGACGAAAUAAAACGAAUUUACACCGUCUCAUGAUAAACAACUGAGCUGACGAAUUGCGCUGAAAAUCAACACAAGUAAGCUUACAUCCCUAUAUUAUUUUAGUUUUCCCGCCCUUGUUUCUUGACGCUUUCUUAAAUUCAUUCACGUUUCAACAGUUAAAUUCACCAACCAAAGAAAAUCAGAAAUAAACAUUUUGCUUACCUUAAGAUUUAUGCAAAAUAUCUGAGAAGUAAUCCUUUAAUUCUCUCCCAAAAAUCCUCCCAAAAUGGUCAAAAUCAGUUACGUGAGGAUUUACCGCGCGCAUUCACUGGAAAACACAAGAAUAAGUAGGCGUCUUUACGCUACGGAGGAAACCUGGAACGAACGAGACAUUCCCAGCGUUCAAGUGGAGCGUAGAAAACCAAGAUGGCGUCCACUUUGGAGAAUGCCAAUCCCACUGUUUUUCAACAAAAACAAGAGCGGCUGGUACUUCCAGAAGAAGAGGAUGAAGAUGUUGUUGAUAAGAUCGACGAAAGAGAAGUAUUCGAUAUCCUUUUUAAGCCACUGCUUGUGCAAUUCGGUUAAAUUAUCUCCAUAUAUUGUUCAGCUUCAGGCUUUCUCUAAUGUUAAUGUUGUUUUGCGCGACCACGUAAGAGAGAAUGUAUGGAAGCUGCUAAAAUUGGGCCUGAUCUCAUUAGGCAUUCUCACGCUUAAAUAACGUCAACAGGGCUAUCAACCCCACAAGUCUUCAAAUAUUGAGAAUUAAUAGGGAAGGGAUGGAUGACGUUAUAUCGCACGGUAUAUGACGUCAUUUGUGCAAAAAAUACUUGUUCACCCAAUCGUCACGAAUUUGUGAUGUUUCACAUUAUAGUGUACAUUGCAAUGGCAUAAUAUACCAUACCAAAGUUUAUGAGGAAACGUUCGAUGUUAACAGUAAAAUAGCUCAAACAACACAAAAUAUUUAAAAGUUUAUUGCCAGAAAGUGGAGUCUACUACCGAAUGGCAAACUUUGGUGAAUAUCAGGGAGAUUUCAUACUCUAAUCGGGAGACCGGGAGAUACAGACCAAAAUCUGGAGUCUCCCUGAUUAUCUGGGAGAGUUGACAGCACUGUGUCAAAUACACAUUUUAAAAGCACUCUUCAAUCUUUAUAGGCUCCGGGGGGUGGGGGGGGAGUACUCCCUUUACAUAGGCCAUACGGGUAUGUGCUGCCCCAAAGGGUAGCAUUUUUGUGCCGUUUUGGUCUGAAAAUGGGUAUAGACUUUGCCCAGUUUGGUCUGGAAUCGGGUAUGCACAUUCCAAAUGAGUAAGAAAGAAAGACAAAUAUGCAAAUUUGGAAUAGAUUUUAAGAAAUAUCUUUUUUGUUGCUGUUGUAAUCUAAGUAGUGAUGACAUUUUUCUAAGAGGCCAGGACCCAGUUGUUCAAAAGGUAGAUAGCACUAUCUACUGCAUAAAAUAUCUCUAUCCAGUGGAUAGCGCAAUUGGUUUCCCUAAUACUUAUCCAGUGGAUAGUGAUUUAUCUGGUGGAGAGUGCUAUCCAGCUUUUGAGCAGCUGGGGCUUGGUCUGAAAAUGGGUAUGGAUUUUAAAGGCCAGCUCUGAAAACUGCUGUGAAAAAUGACAUUUUGUGGUCUGAAAUAGGGUCAGGAUUUGGAGAACUGGGGAGCAAACCUCCAUCAAAAAUUCCCAGGAGUACCCCCCUGGGCAAACCCCCGGGCAUUUGACUUUUUUGAAAAAUUUUGGUCAAAUUCGAUAUGUUGGCAGUUUAGAUGGUCAAACACCCCACCGGCCAGUGCUUCAAAAAGCGUCAAAUCCCCCACCCACCAGGUAUUAAAGUGAUGUAAAUAUCCUACCAAACACAACCGAAAUAUAUAUCUGGUGGGGGGUGAGGAGGAGGGGGGAGGGUGGUGGUGGUGUUGACUGGUACAUAAGCAUAAAUAAACUCUAGGGUGCAGGUUUUUCCUUGACUGGUUUAGAUCUCAUUCGUUCCAUCAAUGACCCAGAACACCCCCUUACGCUUGAACAGUUAAACGUUGUUGAACAGUCCUUAGUGAAAGUGGAUGAUGACAAUGAUUAUGUCAAAAUACAGUUCACGCCUACAAUACCACAUUGCAGCAUGGCAACACUCAUUGGAUUAGCCAUUCGAGUACAGCUUCUCAGAUCGCUGCCUGACAGGUUUUUGAUGUACGCUUUACGAAGAUUCAGCAAACUUUUUAAAAGAUAAACGCUUUACGAAGACAGAAUAUCAGACCUCGGCAAACCUUUGAAAGAUGAACGCCACAGACACAAGAAUCACCACAUAAGUUAGCGCGUCAAAGUGAGGCAACCCGUAAGCAAGCGCCUCAAAGCAAGGCAAAUGUGUGUCGACGACAAAAAUGCAAUCUCAAAAAAACCUCCCUUAUUCAUUGCACAGGACACCCAAUAAUGCACAGAACACCCAACACAAAUUAGGGGUUGUGUUCUCGUACCUUGAACGCAAUCAAUCAUUCAAAUUGUUUUUUCAGAGGUUUUGAUUGGCCUGUGUGACUGGUGAUUAUAUAUUUCCUGACCUGCAGAUUAACUGCUUUUUAUAUGGACAAAGGUCUGCUCAUGAACUGUAGAGGAAAAAGUCAUCUUUGCUGUGGAAGAUUCUAUGGCUGUGCGCAGUCAAAUGUUCAGCCCAAAUGUUUUUCUUAUUCAUGCGCAAACUAUAGCUGAAGUGGUCAAUUUUUUUUUUUUUUUUUGGAGGGGGCGGGGGGAUUUCACUGCUUGAGUUUGUAUCAAAACGACUUGUAUCGAAACAAAUUGGAAUCAAAAUGACUGGUUUGGUUUCACAGUCACUAAGUAUUAAACUCUCUUCGGGAAUUGUGGCAGCUCCAGAUGUAUACCCAAAGGAAAUAUAUAAAAAACAAGCAAACUGGCUAAAUGAUAAAACAAUGGUAUUGAAUUCAAUUUGCGAACUAUCAUGGUUGUUCAGUGUCUCACCAUAGUAUUAAGUAAGUUAGUAUGGUUUUACAGAUCAGUCAUUUGCGUCUGCGUUCGGCAUCAACUUCUAGUAUUUUUCAGGUGAGUAUUAAAAACAGUAAAAAUUAAAAAAAGCUUAUAACGUUCAGGUUAAUAGUUCAUAAUCGGAAGAUCUUAUUUUGUUUUACGAAGUUUCCAAAACCUACAACCCAUCGUCUUCGGGAUAAGUGCACAGACGAAAUAAAACGAAUUUACACCGUCUCAUGAUAAACAACUGAGCUGACGAAUUGCGCUGAAAAUCAACACAAGUAAGCUUACAUCACUAUAUUAUUUGAGUUUUCCCGCCCUUGUUUCUUGACGCUUUCUUAAAUUCAUUCACGUUUCAACAGUUAAAUUCACCAACCAAAGAAAAUCAGAAAUAAACAUUUUGCUUACCUUAAGAUUUAUGCAAAAUAUCUGAGAAGUAAUCCUUUAAUUCUCUCCCAAAAAUCCUCCCAAAAUGGUCAAAAUCAGUUACGUGAGGAUUUACCGCGCGCAUUCACUGGAAAACACAAGAAUAAGUAGGCGUCUUUACGCUACGGAGGAAACCUGGAACGAACGAGACAUUCCCAGCGUUCAAGUGGAGCGUAGAAAACCAAGAUGGCGUCCACUUUGGAGAAUGCCAAUCCCACUGUUUUUCAACAAAAACAAGAGCGGCUGGUACUUCCAGAAGAAGAGGAUGAAGAUGUUGUUGAUAAGAUCGACGAAAGAGAAGUAUUCGAUAUCCUUUUUAAGCCACUGCUUGUGCAAUUCGGUUAAAUUAUCUCCAUAUAUUGUUCAGCUUCAGGCUUUCUCUAAUGUUAAUGUUGUUUUGCGCGACCACGUAAGAGAGAAUGUAUGGAAGCUGCUAAAAUUGGGCCUGAUCUCAUUAGGCAUUCUCACGCUUAAAUAACGUCAACAGGGCUAUCAACCCCACAAGUCUUCAAAUAUUGAGAAUUAAUAGGGAAGGGAUGGAUGACGUUAUAUCGCACGGUAUAUGACGUCAUUUGUGCAAAAAAUACUUGUUCACCCAAUCGUCACGAAUUUGUGAUGUUUCACAUUAUAGUGUACAUUGCAAUGGCAUAAUAUACCAUACCAAAGUUUAUGAGGAAACGUUCGAUGUUAACAGUAAAAUAGCUCAAACAACACAAAAUAUUUAAAAGUUUAUUGCCAGAAAGUGGAGUCUACUACCGAAUGGCAAACUUUGGUGAAUAUCAGGGAGAUUUCAUACUCUAAUCGGGAGACCGGGAGAUACAGACCAAAAUCUGGAGUCUCCCUGAUUAUCUGGGAGAGUUGACAGCACUGUGUCAAAUACACAUUUUAAAAGCACUCUUCAAUCUUUAUAGGCUCCGGGGGGUGGGGGGGGAGUACUCCCUUUACAUAGGCCAUACGGGUAUGUGCUGCCCCAAAGGGUAGCAUUUUUGUGCCGUUUUGGUCUGAAAAUGGGUAUAGACUUUGCCCAGUUUGGUCUGGAAUCGGGUAUGCACAUUCCAAAUGAGUAAGAAAGAAAGACAAAUAUGCAAAUUUGGAAUAGAUUUUAAGAAAUAUCUUUUUUGUUGCUGUUGUAAUCUAAGUAGUGAUGACAUUUUUCUAAGAGGCCAGGACCCAGUUGUUCAAAAGGUAGAUAGCACUAUCUACUGCAUAAAAUAUCUCUAUCCAGUGGAUAGCGCAAUUGGUUUCCCUAAUACUUAUCCAGUGGAUAGUGAUUUAUCUGGUGGAGAGUGCUAUCCAGCUUUUGAGCAGCUGGGGCUUGGUCUGAAAAUGGGUAUGGAUUUUAAAGGCCAGCUCUGAAAACUGCUGUGAAAAAUGACAUUUUGUGGUCUGAAAUAGGGUCAGGAUUUGGAGAACUGGGGAGCAAACCUCCAUCAAAAAUUCCCAGGAGUACCCCCCUGGGCAAACCCCCGGGCAUUUGACUUUUUUGAAAAAUUUUGGUCAAAUUCGAUAUGUUGGCAGUUUAGAUGGUCAAACACCCCACCGGCCAGUGCUUCAAAAAGCGUCAAAUCCCCCACCCACCAGGUAUUAAAGUGAUGUAAAUAUCCUACCAAACACAACCGAAAUAUAUAUCUGGUGGGGGGUGAGGAGGAGGGGGGAGGGUGGUGGUGGUGUUGACUGGUACAUAAGCAUAAAUAAACUCUAGGGUGCAGGUUUUUCCUUGACUGGUUUAGAUCUCAUUCGUUCCAUCAAUGACCCAGAACACCCCCUUACGCUUGAACAGUUAAACGUUGUUGAACAGUCCUUAGUGAAAGUGGAUGAUGACAAUGAUUAUGUCAAAAUACAGUUCACGCCUACAAUACCACAUUGCAGCAUGGCAACACUCAUUGGAUUAGCCAUUCGAGUACAGCUUCUCAGAUCGCUGCCUGACAGGUUCAAGGUAAGUUAACUUCAUGAUAAUUUACUGGAAUUUUAAUAACAUUAUUACAAGGCUCAUUCUCCAACAAUAUGAAUGUAGGAAGCAAAUUUGUAUAUCAGCAAUACUAGCAGCAACGUUUUUAUCAGUAGCCUCUUAAAACUGCUGCUUUGUAGACUGGUGUCAGGGAGAUGUUAACCCUAUAAGUGCCAAUAGUGACCAACAGCAAUUUUCUUCGCACAACAUCCAUACACUGUCAACAGAUAACGUUAUGACAAUUAAUAAAAUGAUCACUAUAGAGAAAAUUCCAUGACCUUAUAUCAAAUUCUCUCAACCAAUUCUUAAAGAAAAUGUAUGGAUAUCAGUUUGGAGAAUUUGUAUGUGGAUAUUGGGGCUUAAAGGGUUAACAGCUUUUCUGAUGAGAGUACAGUCAAAUGCCAUUAAUACAGACACCAAAGGGGGCCUGCCCACAGAAAGUAUCGGUAUUCGAGUGUCCGUAUUAAGUGGGUUGAAUCUAGUGAAAAUUUGAGGGCUUUAUUUGCCCAGAAAGAAAGUGGAUUAAUUUAGGUUUUUGGGAAACUGCCCAUCUACCCCUUCCCUAAGCCAACAUUUUGCCCUAAGUGAGAAUUAAAUGAUAAUGUUGGCUUAGGGGAGGGGCAGGUAGGCAGUUUCCCAAAAACCUAAAUUGAUCCAAGAAAGUAAGCAAACUGUCGGUAAUAAUGAGUGUCCGUACAGUGAGGUUUGACUGUACGAUGAGUCAGUCUUUAUUAGCUGUGUUCUUGGGUAUUAUCACUUUUCUAACAGAUUUUUGUUGUCAGUUAUAAGUAUUGGUCAAAUUGCAUCAUCAUUUUACAGUAUUUUUAAAAAGCAGCGUGAAAAGAAAGUAGGGUCCAAUAGCCCGGGGCUAGUGGAUUUUGCUAUCAGGCUAGUGAAAUCUGUUUUAACUAGCCCAAUGGGCAAGUGAUGUUCUUUGAGGAAUUUGAAAAACAGAAGAAGUGUGAAAUCAAUUCUGCUUUUGGGGCUAGUUGAAAUGAUGUCUGGGCUAGUAAAUGAUCUUCUUUACACUAUGAAAAGUGGCAUUUUUUUUCUUUUCAAUAGGUUGAUGUGAGUAUUACUCCAGGAACUCAUGCAUCAGAAGAUGCAGGUAUAAGCCUUUUUAAAAAUUUCUCAUUCUUAAAAACUUAAUCCAGAAAAACCAGAAAAAAAUACAAAAAAAUAUUAUAAUUUUUUUACUCCAAAUACAAUUUGCAGGUGCAAACGUUAUCACAAAACACCUUAUAAAUGGUUUUUUNCUACCCCUUCCCUAAGCCAACAUUUUGCCCUAAGUGAGAAUUAAAUGAUAAUGUUGGCUUAGGGGAGGGGCAGGUAGGCAGUUUCCCAAAAACCUAAAUUGAUCCAAGAAAGUAAGCAAACUGUCGGUAAUAAUGAGUGUCCGUACAGUGAGGUUUGACUGUACGAUGAGUCAGUCUUUAUUAGCUGUGUUCUUGGGUAUUAUCACUUUUCUAACAGAUUUUUGUUGUCAGUUAUAAGUAUUGGUCAAAUUGCAUCAUCAUUUUACAGUAUUUUUAAAAAGCAGCGUGAAAAGAAAGUAGGGUCCAAUAGCCCGGGGCUAGUGGAUUUUGCUAUCAGGCUAGUGAAAUCUGUUUUAACUAGCCCAAUGGGCAAGUGAUGUUCUUUGAGGAAUUUGAAAAACAGAAGAAGUGUGAAAUCAAUUCUGCUUUUGGGGCUAGUUGAAAUGAUGUCUGGGCUAGUAAAUGAUCUUCUUUACACUAUGAAAAGUGGCAUUUUUUUUCUUUUCAAUAGGUUGAUGUGAGUAUUACUCCAGGAACUCAUGCAUCAGAAGAUGCAGGUAUAAGCCUUUUAAAAAAUUCAUCAUUCUAAAAACUUAAUUCAUGAAAAACAUGACAAAAUACCAAUAAAUAUUACUACUUUGUUACUACAAACUACAUGUGCAGGUGCUAACGUUAUUAUAGAACAUCUUGAUAAUGGUUUUUUUGGUAUAAUUAGAAGUCAUAGAGCAUUGAUGAUUUUUACCUCUCUCCCAGAUUUUCAGCAUGUAAAGAAAGUGGUGUCUGAUAGCCUGGGGCAAGUAGAUUUUUCUAUCCGCCUAAUGAAUUCUGUUCUCAACUUGCCCAACAGGCAACUGAAGAUUUUUGAGGAAUUCAAAUUACAAACAUAAUCAAUGCUACUGAUCAAAAAUUCUUUUCGGACUAGUUAAAGUGGCUCUUCGGCUAGCACAUGUUAGCUACAGCUUGCCUGUAUGGCGAUCUGUACAUUAAACUGAUUUUCUUUGCACCCUGGUUUUCAAGAUAUUACCGGGCAUCUAACAUUAUAGGAUAGUGAGAUCAUGUCCAUUUGAUCUAUUAGCUUUUAAACAUUUAGCUUGAAUUCCUUAACUUUACGCGUAACACCCCUUUUUGUAGCGUAAUGUCGCCCCUCCCUGGAAAUUCUGCAUAAUUUCCCAAUAUUUUUGGUACCCUGUUAGAAGGUCUGUAUUCAACAAUUUAGUUGUGAUAAAUUUGGUACUAAAUGAAACUAUUAUCCGUUUACAGUGCACCAUAAUCAACAUUGACUUGUUGUAAAUUCAGGGACUAAUCUAUCUUAUUACCUCAUUAUUAAGUUAACUCCCACGAUUUAUUUACAGUUAACAAACAGCUGGCUGACAAAGAAAGGGUUGCUGCAGCUUUGGAAAAUACUCACUUAUUGGAGGUUGUGAACCAGUGUCUUGCAGCGCGACAGUGA